AUGGCUUCUCGUUUUUCUUCUGCCAUGGUUCAGAUUCUUCUUCUUGCUCUUUUCUUCUUUCUGUGUUUCUCCGGUGCUCAACCUUCCUUAAACUUUACUUUCCGACCUCGCAGUAUAGUCUUCAAAAUUGAGAAAGAUCCACUAACCCUCCAAUACAUGAUCAAAAUCAACCAAGGAACCCCUCGAGCUGCAGUGAAACUCGUCCUUGAUCUCCGAGGAAAGUUACCCUGGCUCCGUUGUCACAAAGGUUACAGAUCAUCAUCAUAUCGACCAGUUAAUUGCAUGUCACCACCAUGCUCACUGGCUAGCAAACCCAUUAAAUGUGUAUUAUGCAAUAGCACUACGUCAUGGUGCCAUAAUAAUGCGCGUAACAUUUCCACAACAAACCCAAUAACUCAAUCUGUCGGCAACGGUGCGCUCAUUACGGAUGUCGUGACUGUUGAAUCUAACAAGGUGAAUGGAACUUCUACGCAUCUUGAACCAGGUCCAAAGGUUAUGCCUCGCAUGUUUGCAUUCGGUUGUGCGACUACUAGUAAUUUCUUGCAUGGACUUGCUAUAAAGGAGUGGCUGGUCUAG